CUCUCAGACUCAAAUCUCAGCCGCAAAAGCCCAGCCCCACCUCCGCUGGGCCGAGCCCAAAACUCUGCCGUUCGGAGGGGAGAAGGGAGGAGGAAGGGAAAGAAGAGGAGAAAGCCGCGCCGCGACCGCCCCUCGCCGCCUUGCAAACGCGAUUAAGAGCAGCUCAGGCGCUGAGGAGAGUUGCUAAUUCGGGCUCGCCUCGCCCUCCGCCUUCCUGAGCAGGAAUCCGCCUUAGAGCCGCCGGCGCCGCGGAAGCUGGGCCUCGGGGGCCAAGGGCCCUGCCCCAGUUUGGGCCGAGGAGGCCCCAUAGAACAACACCAGCCUCCUGGGUUUGCCGUUUUAUCCCCCGAGGAGUGCUGCUGAAGCCUCAUUUUCCUUCAUCCUGCUGGACGUGUCAUGAUGCCCUUUGGAGGAAUGGCUGCCAGACUAGAAAGGGACCGUCUGCGAGCAGAGGGCGUGGGCAGUCACCAAAAUGCUGUUAAAUACCUGGGUCAGGAUUACGAAACCCUGAAGCAGGAAUGUUUGGAGAGUGGCCGAUUGUUUGAAGAUCCCCAGUUUCCUGCCAUCCCUUCUGUCCUUGGCUUCAAGGAACUGGGGCCAAAUUCUGGCAAGACCCAAGGAGUGCGUUGGAAGCGCCCAUCGGAAAUUGUGGAUGACCCACAGUUUAUUGUGGGAGGUGCUACAAGGACAGAUAUCUGCCAAGGGGCUCUGGGUGAUUGCUGGUUACUGGCUGCCAUUGGCUCCCUGACUCUCAAUGAGGAUCUUCUGCACCGAGUUGUGCCUCAUGGCCAGAGCUUCCAGGAGGACUAUGCAGGCAUCUUCCACUUCCAGAUCUGGCAAUUUGGUGAAUGGGUGGAUGUGGUAGUUGAUGACCGCCUGCCCACUAAAGAUGGAGAGCUGGUAUUUGUGCAUUCAGCAGAAUGUCAAGAGUUCUGGAGUGCUCUGCUAGAAAAGGCAUAUGCUAAGUUGAAUGGCUCUUAUGAGGCCCUGUCAGGUGGCAGCACCACAGAAGGCUUUGAGGACUUCACAGGAGGCGUAGCCGAAAUGUACGAUCUCAAGAAGCCACCUAGGAACAUUGCUCAGAUCAUUUGCAAGGCUCUCGAAAGGGGUUCCCUCCUUGGCUGUUCCAUUGAUAUCACCAGUGCAUUUGAUAUGGAAGCAGUUACUUUCAAGAAACUAGUGAAAGGUCAUGCCUAUUCUGUCACAGGAUUUAAGAAUGUGGACUAUCGUGGCCAACAAGAAUCACUCAUCCGCAUAAGGAACCCCUGGGGUCAGGUGGAGUGGACUGGAGCCUGGAGUGACAGCUCUUCUGAGUGGAAUGAAGUGGACCCUGAUCAGAGGGAAGAACUGCAUCUAAAAAUGGAAGAUGGUGAAUUCUGGAUGUCUUUUCGAGAAUUUAUGCGUCAGUUUUCCAGGCUGGAAAUCUGUAACCUCACCCCAGAUGCUCUGGACAAGGAUGGGUUAAGCAGAUGGCACACUACCCUCUUUGAGGGAACCUGGCGCCGUGGCAGCACAGCUGGAGGUUGCAGGAACCAUCCAGCAACAUUCUGGAUUAAUCCACAGUUCAAAAUCAAGCUCCUAGAAGAGGAUGAUGACCCAGAAGAUGAUGAGGUGGCUUGCACUUUCUUAGUUGCCUUGAUGCAAAAACAUCGCCGAAAAGCUCGCCGAGUUGGAGAAGAUAUGCAUACCAUCGGCUUUGCUGUCUAUGAGGUUCCUGAGGAGGCACAGGGCUGCCAAAAUGUCCACCUGAAGAAGGAUUUCUUUCUGAGAAACCAGUCUCAGGCUCGCUCAGAAACCUUUAUCAACCUGCGGGAGGUGAGCAACCAUAUCCGCCUGCCUCCUGGUGAAUACAUCAUCGUGCCCUCCACCUUCGAGCCCAACAAGGAAGCAGACUUUGUCCUGCGUGUCUUCACAGAAAAGCAGUCUGAUGCAGAGGAACUGGAUGAGGAGAUCUCUGCAGAUCUUCCAGAUGAGGAAGAAAUCUCUGAGGACGAUGUAGAUGAGAACUUCAAAAACAUGUUCCGUCAGCUUGCAGGAGAGGACAUGGAAAUCAGUGUCUUUGAGCUCAGAACUGUCCUGAACAGAGUCAUUGCCAGGCACAAAGACCUGAAGACAGAUGGGUUCAGCAUGGAUUCUUGCCGCAACAUGGUCAACCUAAUGGAUAAAGAUGGCAGUGCUCGUCUGGGACUUGUGGAGUUUCAGAUCUUGUGGAACAAGAUCAGGAGCUGGCUGAAUAUAUUUCGUCAGCAUGAUUUGGAUAAGUCAGGCACCAUGAGCGCCUAUGAGAUGCGUCUGGCCUUAGAAACAGCUGGAUUCAAACUGGACAACAAGUUGCAUCAAGUGCUGGUGGCCCGAUAUGCUGACGACUCAUUGGGUGUGGAUUUUGAUAACUUUGUCUCCUGUUUAGUGAAGCUGGAGACCAUGUUCAGGUUCUUCCAAAGCAUGGAUCCUGAAGGUACUGGCAGUGCAGUGAUGAACCUUGGUGAGUGGCUGACAUUCACAAUGUGCGGCUAGAGCAGAGGUGGACCUUCUGGCUGUGCUGACCCUGUCGGACUGGGCUACCCAAGUGCCUCCUUCAGGCUGAUACCGGAUGGCCCAACUCCCCUCCUUUUUUUCAUCAACCCACUGUUGAGCCCAAUGUCUGAUUCCUCCAUUCCCCUUGUUCACCCACAUAGUAGUACCCCACGGCAUAAGCACUCUUGCUCUCACCAACACCAUUGUCUCUGUAGGGAUCAGUCUCUCUUUUAGGGGCCAGGGCAGAGAGGAGACAGAUUUUUCCUGCUGUGAGCUUACCUUGCAACAUCUCUUGCUGAAUUGAGACAACCAAGAAAAGAUCAGGAGUGUGUGCUGGUUUUAGAAUCAGUUUGCCUAUCGGGAGGGCUCCCUUCAAAGUUGGCAGAAGGACUUCGGUGGAAUGUUGUUGCUUCUCCUAAGAGGUUGGCCUUUUUAUAUCACUUGGUCCGGUUACUGAUUCUGCUUUUGUAAGGAAACCUGCUCCUCUCUCCUGGAAUCAUUUCUCUUUGGUUUUGCUUUUCACUGGUAGUCAGUGGCCAUGGGCAAAAGGGAUAUGAGGCCUGUAUUCUACUCUUCAGUCUUAAAUAAAAGAAUUUUAUGGAGAAGUUUUUUGCAAAGACCACUCAGGAUCCCACUUCCAAGAAGUAACACAACUGUUCUCCCUGCAGAGAGUGUUUCCACUCCUGCAAAAAUACAGAGAUGUAGUGCACUUGGUUUGAAAACCGUAGCCUUUUCCAAGUUAGAGUCACUGAGAAUCCCUUAUAGAAGCAUCACCGGAUUCCAGGAGGCUGAGCAAGAUUAGGUUUUGGUCCUGAUCCCAAACUGAAGUGCUGUGCAUCAGGAUGUCUGUGUCCUCUGCACAGAGUAGACAGGAUUAGUCACGGAACCUUUCAACACAGGUUCAUCUACAGAGUGAAAACAUAGGUCAUUCUAGGAUUGUGAAACAUCUCAGCUAGAAAAGAGGGAAGAAAUCUAGACUAUACAAUGCUCUCCCAGUCCACAUGCUGCAAGAGGGUUCAUUUUUCCUUGACUGUUUAAACCAAUUAAGGCUGGAUGUGAUUAGUAACAAAUUCCUAUCAUGGCAGAGUUCAAAAAUUAAGGUAUAACCAUUGCUUUCCUGACACUGUUCCUUUCAGUGUUCUCCUUAUUUUUCUAAGAGUUUAUUUUUAAAAAAUGUACAUUGAACGAUUAAAAAAUAUAGUCAAAAUAUAGAACUUCUAGUAGGGCUCUGCAGUUUGCCACAGACAUGCCCUUGGCUUUGUUUCGUACAUAUGCUAGAUGACCAUACAGUGUUCCCUCACUUAUCGUGGGCGUUACGUUCCAGGACAACCCACGAUAAGUGAAAAUCUGCAAAGUAGGGAUGCUAGGCUUUUCCUUAGGAAGGAAGUAGAAAGAGGGAGGGAAGAAGGGAAGAAAGAGGCAGGAGAACAUGGCACCGCCUCCUUCUCCUCCCGCUGCCAUUUGGGCUCCUUCUCCGCCCCGCCAUCCCCACCUGACUGAGACCACCACCACUGUUAAUCAUAUUUUUAUGAUUUAUAAUAUUUUUAGUGUCUAUUAAAAACUGCAAAACAGCAAGUCCACGAAAAGCAAACCACAAAGUAGUGAGGGAACACUGUACAUCAUUCAAAAGACAUUGGGGAGCUGAAUUGUUCUUUCCUCUAUGACAUUGUUUUUUUCUGAGGAGACAACUUUUAAAAAGCAAGUAAUUGGAAAAACACAGGAGAGCUUCAGUACACAAUCAAGAGUCUCAUCUGGCAUCCCUGAGAUAAAAUAAAGCCUGCUGGUUUGGGCUUCUUGUGUUUUAAUCCCAGCACCUUUCCAUGCAACUCAAGAACUAUGCAGAAUAACUAAUAAUGUGGCUUUGUUGAAGCUGUUAGCAUGAACUUGGUCAGUCAAGCAAUAUAGAAGCAUUAUAACUAAACAGGCUAGCACAACCAAAGGUUAGAGUCCCAUUCACAUACUAUCUGCCUUGCCUGAAACUCUUACCUUGGCCUUGGCUAAGUCCUUUUUCUGGCUUUUAUUAUUUCCAUUCUGAAUUUCUGAAUAGCAUAACAAGCAAAACUAGGAGGGACUAUUACCAAUUAUAAUGCUGAGUUGCUACACUGCUGUGGAUGGAGCUCUCAAUCAUGCGCUGCUUUCCCAGAAUGAGGGUAGAAUUCCCAGCCAAGUUUCAUUUGCAAGCCUCUGAUCUUCAACUGUAGUCAACUUGUGCAAGAUUGGAUUUAUCUUUAAAGCAUGUCCAUCCAGCUGUCAUAUUUUGGAGUAAUUUAACAGAAACCAUUCAGAAGAGUUGUCAGACUUUACUGGUGCUCUGACAUCAACUGGAAACUGCAUUCCACAAAUAAAAUGUGUGUUCUUAAAAAGUGAAAACUAAAGUAACAGAGAGGGAAACAGAGUAAAUGUUUUUUGAGCUACUAUGCCUAUAUAUGGAAAUUGCAGUUGUCCCCUUGGGUUUUUGAAGUCAUGCCUAGCAUUUGACAAACCUAUUGGAAGUCCACAAUCACAUCUCUGUCAGUCAGAGUGGUGAAAUUUAAUAAAAUGUGGUUCUGGCAAUUUUUUAAAACGCUAGGUUAUCAAGCAAGGUGCAAGUCUAAUGCUGAGAGGAAGAAAGUGGACAUGAGGGCUGAGACCUUUGCUGUUGGUUGAGAAUUCUGUCCAGCGGCUCCUCUGCCUCACUCCUUUAAACACUGCCUCAUAUGAAAAUUUGAAACUCCUGAAAUAGAAAUGUUAAUAUAUUUCAAAUUCUUAAAAGUGAAAAAGAUGCCAAGCAGCCUUGUUCCAAUUCUAGGCUUUUGCAGCUGUAUUUUUUUUAAAACCCACCCACCAUCUUCCUCAUGUGAAUCAUCCCUCAUCCAAUUAAGGAGAGCUGAGAAUUAUGUAACCAGUAGAUGCAAGCCAGCUAUAUAGAUUUUAUGCAGAAAUUAGAAAACUACCUUUGUUAAUAAAACUCCUCCAAGCAGCAUAACUUGUUAGCUUGGCAAUUCUGGGACCUGAUAGUCCUAGAAGCCAUUUUCCAAGCUUUGGGUUGGGAAGAUAGAUUGCUAGAAAGGAAGUGGCUAGCUUACAUGUAGCAAAAUUAGAAUUACAGAAUGAAACCAUAACAAAUCAGAUUGUCUUCUACUGUCUCGCACACUUACACUCUUGUGUGCCCAUUGUCGUCCACAAGGACAUUCAGCCUCUGGUUGCAUUUCAUAGAAUCAUAGAAUCAUAGAAUCAUAGAAUAGUAGAGUUGGAAGAGACCUCAAGGGCCAUCUAGUCCAACCCCCCGCUAAGAAGCAGGAAAUCGCAUUCAAAGCACCCCCGACAGAUGGCCAUCCAGCCUCUGCUUAAAAGCCUCCAAAGAAGGAGCCUCCACCACGGCCCGGGGGAGAGAGUUCCACUGCCGAACAGCCCUCACAGUGAGGAAGUUCUUCCUGAUGUUCAGGUGGAAUCUCCUUUCCUGUAGUUUGAAGCCAUUGUUCCGUGUCCUAGUCUGCAGGGCAGCAGAAAAUAAGCUUGCUCCCUCCUCCCUAUGACUUCCCCUCACAUAUUUGUACAUGGCUAUCAUGUCUCCUCUCAGCCUUCUCUUCUGCAGGCUAAACAUGCCCAGCUCUUUAAGCCUCUCCUCAUAGGGCUUGUUCUCCAGACCCUUAAUCAUUUUAGUUGCCCUCCUCUGGACGCUUUCCAGCUUGUCAGCAUCUCCCUUCAUCUGCGGUGCCCAAAACUGGACACAGUAUUCCAGGUGUGGUCUGACCAAGGCAGAAUAGAGGGGGAGCAUGACUUCCCUGGAUCUAGACGUUAUUCCCCUAUUGAUGCAGGCCAAAAUCCCAUUGGCUUUUUUAGCUGCCGCAUCACAUUGUAGGCUCAUGUUUAACUUGUUGUCCACGAGGACUCCAAGAUCUUUUUCGCACACACUGCUGUCAAGCCAGGCGUCCCCCAUUCUGUAUCUUUGAUUUCCAUUUUUUCUGCCGAAGUGAAGUAUCUUGCAUUUGUCCCUGUUGAACUUCAUUUUGUUAGUUUCGGCCCAUCUCUCUAGUCUGUCAAGAUCGUUUUGAAUUCUGCUCCUGUCUUCUGGAGUGUUAGCUAUCCCUCCGAGUUUGGUGUCAUCUGCAAACUUGAUGAUCGUGCCUUCUAACCCUUCGUCUAAGUCGUUAAUAAAGAUGUUGAACAGAACCGGGCCCAGGACGGAGCCCUGCGGCACUCCACUUGUCACUUCUUUCCAUGAUGAAGACGACGCAUUGGUGAGCACCCUUUGGGUUCGUUCGCUUAGCCAAUUACAGAUCCACCUAACCGUAGUUUUGUCUAGCCCACAUUUUACUAGUUUGUUUGCCAGAAGGUCAUGGGGGACUUUGUCGAAGGCCUUACUGAAAUCUAGAUAUGCUACAUCCACGGCAUUCCCUGUAUCGACCCAACUCGUAACUCUAUCGAAAAAAGAGAUCAGAUUAGUCUGGCAUGACUUGUUUUUGGUAAAUCCAUGUUGACUAUUAGCAAUGAUCGCAUUUGUUUCUAAGUGUUUGCAGACCACUUCCUUAAUGAUCUUUUCCAGAAUCUUGCCUGGUAUUGAUGUGAGGCUGACCGGACGGUAAUUGGACUGACCGGACGGUAAUUUCUUUUUUCAUUGCCCCACUACAGCUGCAGCUGAGUCAGUGCAUGACUUCCCUGGCCAACACCAGCCCCGAUUCCUUUAUGCCUUAUGCCUCUCUCCAGGCCGGCAGUGUGGCCUUAGUGCUUUACUGGAGGGCUUUGUGCUCUCGCGCUGCUUUAGAGUUCCUCCAGAAUAUGGCUCCAGUGAUAAAACCACUUUAGCUCAAGGAGCAGGGCUGUCUCCUCAGCUUAAUUUGCAACAUAUGUGAAGUAAUAAAUAGAGAUAUAACAAAA